CUGUUUUACCUAAUCCAAAAGCCAAACAUACACAAACAUGGCGAUAUCACAAGCAGACAGGAUGCGGUCGUCUCUUCGGUGUUCGUUAUAUUUAUUAGUCCUCUGGGUUGCUGGAAUAAAUUCGUCGACACUUCGUCUUCACCCGGAGCAGCUUCAAAUGCUGCCGCAAAAUACGGGUUUUUUCACAAUAGAAGCAAAUGAGAUCUUACCAGACGGAGAUGGAGGAGGCGCCGCGGCUCCUGGGCUGCCUCUGGCCGCUCGUAGUGCCGCUGAAGGUGGGUCAGACUCCGGCGUCUACCCGCAUCAUCGAAGCCGCCGGAGCACUGGUGAAUCGACCAUGCCGAAGGUGUACGGGCAGGCCAACCUGAACGACUCUCACAACCAGAUGGUGGUCCACUGGGCAGGAGAGAAGAGCAACGUUAUUGUGGCCUUGGCCCGGGACAGCGCAGGAGCCACUGGGCCCAAAACCAGCUCUGUGUAUGUUUCCUAUGACUAUGGGAACACUUUCAUGCUCGUCUCAGAUAAGUUCCAGUUUUCAGGGGUCAAGGCCAAGGAUGGCAGUAAACAGGUCAUCUCCCAGUUCUACCACAGCCCUGCGGACAACAGGCGGUAUCUUUUUGUCGACUCUACCAACAACUACCUGUGGAACACCUUUGACUUUUGUAAGAGUGUCCAGGGCUUCUCGCUGCCCUUCAAGCCGACAGACCUGCUGCUCCACAGCAGAACAUCCAACCUGGUGCUCGGCUACGACAACUCUCACCCAAACAAACAGCUGUGGAAAUCAGACGACUUUGGGGAGACAUGGGUGUUGAUCCAAGAGCACGUGAAGACCUACUUUUGGGGCGUGGAGCCUUAUGACCCACCCACCACAGUGCUGGUCCAGAGGAGCGAGCCCCAGGGUGUCUCCACCAUACUCAGCAGCACAGACUUCUUCCAGAGCGAACGCAACCGCAAAGUGAUCCUGGAGCAGGUUGACAGCUUCCAGCUCCGAGAAAAGUACAUGUUCGCCACCACCACACGGAAACUCUUUGGCAGCCACGAACCUUCGUCUGUUCAGCUCUGGGUCUCCUACAACCGCCAGCCAAUGAAAGCUGCCCAGUUUAUGACCCGACAUCCAAUCACAGAGUACUACAUAGCAGAUGCGUCAGAGGACCAAGUGUUUGUCUGUGUGAACCACCUGAACAAUGUCACACAUCUUUACAUCUCAGACACACAGGGCCUGUCCUUCUCUCUGUCAUUGGAGAAUGUUCUGUACUACAGCCCUGAGGGCUCCGGCAGCAAAACGCUGAUCAGGUACUUUGCCAAUGAGCCUUUUGCAGACCUGCACCGUGUGGAGGGGCUGCGAGGAGUCUUCAUCGCCACGCUCAUCAAUGGCUCCGUAAGUGAAGACAACAUGCGAUCUGUCAUCACUUUCGACAAGGGAGGGACAUGGGAGCUACUUCAGCCUCCUGCUGCCGACAGCCUGGGAGGAACUGUUGACUGCCAGCUCAGCAAAGGUUGCUCUCUCCACCUGGCCCAACGCUGGAGCCAGCUGUUCAACAUCCAGCUGAGAAGGAUGCCCAUUCUAUCCAAGGAGUCUGCACCAGGACUCAUCAUGGCCACAGGAUCUGUAGGCAGGAACUUGGCCAACAAGCCUAAUGUGUAUGUAUCCAGCAGUGCUGGAGCCCGGUGGAAGGAGGCACUGGCAGGCCCUCAUUUCUACACAUGGGGUGAUCAUGGUGGUAUCCUCAUGGCUAUUGCACAGGGAGGCGCCAGCACACAUCUCAAAUUCAGCACCAAUGAAGGCGAGACAUGGACCGAAUUUCAGUUCUCAGACAGAGAGGUGUAUGUUUAUCAACUGCUGACUGAGCCUGGGGAGAAGAGCACCAUCUUCACCAUCUUUGGUUCCUACGCCGACCAGAGACACAGCUGGCUCAUCCUGCAGGUCAACACCUCCGAUGUUCUGGGUGUGCCGUGUUCCGAGGCUGACUACAAGCGCUGGUCUCCGUCAGAUGAGCAUGGUAACGAAUGUCUGCUGGGCAGAGAGAUAACAUUUAAGAGACGCGCUCCCCAUGCUACAUGUUUUAACGGAGAGGAGUUUGACCGGCCCGUCACCAUAUCUAACUGCUCCUGCACACGCCAGGACUACGAAUGUGACUACGGCUUCAAGCUGAGUGAAGACUUGUCCCUGCAGGUGUGUGUGCCUGACCCUGAGUUCUUAGGUGAUCUCUAUGCUCCUCCAGUGCCGUGUCCUGUCGGUACCACCUACCGCCGCAGCAAAGGCUACAGGAAGGUACCGGGAGACAGCUGUAGUGGAGGAGAUGUGGAGUCCAGACUGGAUGGAGAGAUGCUGCCUUGUCCUGUGGGAGAGAGUAACGAGUUCAUCCUGUACGCUGUGAGGAACUCCAUCCACCGCUAUGACUUGGCUACAGGCACAGACCAGGCCCUGCCUCUUGCCGGUCUCAGAGAGGCUGUGGCUCUGGACUUUGACUAUGAUAGGAACUGCCUGUACUGGGCUGACAUCUCGCUGGACACCAUACAGCGGUUGUGUCUCAACGGCAGCACAGGUCAGGAGGUUGUAGUGAGGAAAGACCUGCAGAACGUGGAGGCUCUGACCUUUGACCCUAUCAGCAGACUGCUGUACUGGGUUGACGCUGGAGCACAGAAAAUUGAGGUGUCAAACCCUGAUGGCGACCUGCGUCAUACUCUGCUCAACUCCUCUAUCCUGGAACAUCCCAGGGCUCUGGUUCUGCUGCCUGGAGAGAGCCUAAUGUUCUGGACUGACUGGGGAGACCGAGCGGCCGGUGUUUACCGCAGCUACAUGGACGGAACCAACGUGUCCUGCAUCGUGUCCGACGGCGUUCGCUGGCCCAAUGGAAUCACCGCUGACGACCAAUGGCUGUACUGGACCGAAGCCUACAGCGACCGCAUUGAGAGGGCUGACUUCACCGGGGGCCAGAGGAGCGUUCUCAUGGAGGGGUUGCCCCAUCCGUAUGCCAUUGCUGUUUUCAAGAAUGACCUGUACUGGGAUGACUGGUCUAGAAUGGGGAUCUUCAAAGCUCCAAAAGCUGGUUCCCAGAGCAAUGAGCUCAUUGUUGGCAGACUAACCGGAGUCAUGGACCUGAAGAUCUUCUACAAGGGCAAGAGCAGAGGCCAUAAUGCAUGUGCCGACCAGCCAUGCAGCCUGUUGUGUCUGCCUCAGCCCGGCCACAGGCACACCUGUGUCUGCCCAGAUGGUGCCCCAACUGUAACAAUGCCCAACGGAGAGCUGCAGUGCCAGUGUCCCAGCGGCUACCAGCUCCGUAACAGCACCUGCAUCAAAACUGAGCACAGCUGUUUGCCCAACCAGUACCGCUGCUCUAACGGCCGCUGCAUAAGCAGCAUCUGGAAAUGUGACAGCGACAACGACUGUGGCGACAUGAGCGAUGAACAGGAGUGCCCCACUACGACCUGUGACCCGUCCAACCAGUUUCGCUGCGUUGCCUCAGGUUCCUGCAUCCCCCUGGCUUUCAAAUGUGACCAUGAAGAUGACUGCGGAGACAACAGUGAUGAGGAACACUGUGAAUCUCACCAGUGCGGCCCCGGAGAGUUUACUUGUGCACGAGGUGUUUGUAUCCGCGAGGCAUGGCGCUGUGAUGGAGACAAUGACUGCAGAGACUGGUCGGAUGAGGCCAACUGCACAGUGGGCCACCAUACAUGUGAGGCCAAUAGUUUCCAGUGUCACACAGGUCACUGUAUACCACAGCGCUGGACGUGUGACGGUGAUGACGACUGCCAGGAUGACUCUGACGAAGACCCCCGAUAUUGUGAGGGAACUCAGUGUAAUGGCUUCCUCUGCUCCAAUCACACCUGCCUCCCUGCCACGGCACACUGCAACGGCAUCCAGGAGUGUUCAGACGGCGGUGAUGAGCACAACUGUGAUCCCCUGUGCACUCGCUACAUGGAGUUUGUAUGUAAGAACAGAGCCCAGUGUCUGUUUCAGACCCUGGUUUGUGAUGGGAUCAAACACUGUGAGGACGGAUCUGAUGAGGACGCAGAGUAUGCUGGAUGUGCUACGCCGACUGAGUUUGGCAAAGUGUGUGAUGCCUACACCUUCCAGUGUGCCAACGGAGUGUGUGUGAGCCUGGAGUGGAAGUGUGACGGCAUGGACGACUGUGGUGAUUACUCUGAUGAGGCCAACUGUGCUGCUCCCACCGAGGUCCCGGGCUGCUCCAGAUAUUUCCAGUACGAGUGUAGAAACAAACGCUGCAUUCCAACGUGGUGGAAGUGUGAUGGAGAGAACGACUGCGGGGACUGGUCUGAUGAGUCUCAGUGCACAGGUGGUGUUACUCCUCACACUGUAGCACCUGGUCCCUCUACUUGUGCCCCGAACCGCUUCCACUGUGGCUCUGGAGCUUGUAUCAUCAACACCUGGGUGUGUGACGGCUAUGCUGACUGUCCUGAUGGCAGCGAUGAGCUCGGCUGUCCCACAGCAGCUAAUGGCUCUGUGACGCUGGCUCCGGCACCCACCCAGGCCCCUCCUCCGACGCCCUCCCAUGGCCGUUGCAGUCGGGGUCAGUUCCUGUGUCGGCGACCACCCCACUGCAUUCCUGACUGGCAGCACUGUGACGGCCAGAUCCACUGCCAGGACGGCUCUGACGAAGCCCAAUGCCCCACUCGUGGACCUCUGUUCUGUGUGAACGGGACUCACUGUUCUGAUGGUGAGGCCUGUGUGCUGGACAGUGAGAGGUGUGAUGGCUUCUUGGACUGCUCCGACCACAGCGAUGAAGACAACUGCACUCUGGACACCCUGGCCUAUAAAGUCCAAAACCUUCAGUGGACGCCAGACUUCUCAGGUGCAAUUACUUUGACCUGGUCUCGCCCCAAAAGCCUUCCUCUGGACUCCUGCUACUUCCUCAUAUACUACAGGCUGGUGGGCACCCAGCAGUGGACCAGUAUGGACACUCACAGCAACAAGACGAGCUACAAACUGACCGUACUGAAACCAGACACCACCUACCAUGUCAAGGUGCUCACUCAGUGUCUCAGCAAGCUGCAUAAGACCAAUGAGGUGAUCACAGUGAGGACGCCGGAGGGAUUGCCUGACCCGCCCAAGAACCUGCAGCUGUCUUGUGAUAACGGCGAGGACGGGAAAGUUGAAGUUUCCUGGAGCCCUCCUGACAAAGGGCACGGCCUCAUCAGAGAGUACAUUGUUGAGUACAGUGAACGAGGAGCCCUUGACUGGACAUCACAGAAGUCCACCACAACCAACAGUGAGGUGAAGGAACUGCAGGCAGACACUCUGUACAGGUUCAGGGUGGCCGCGGUGACCAGCCGAGGUGUGGGCAACUGGAGUGAGGUUAAAUCCAUCACUCCUAAGAAAGCUCUGCCUCCUCCCUCUGUGAUCGCCGACAGCAUCAGCACCGACUCCCUGAGCCUUUCAUUCAGCUUCAACUCCCAGUACGAGGUGAAACAGUACAUAGUGAUUCUAUCCUGGCAGUUUGACACCCACGUCAAGGAGAACAAGAACUACACAGUCAGAGAGAGGGUCCUCAAAGCAACAAACCUGACAGCGGGGACAGUGUAUGAGGUGGCAGUGUGGGCUCACACCAGUAUAGGAGACAGUCCCACCGCCUUGUCCCAUCUUCAGACCACUGGCACCCAGCCCGACAGGCCCCUCCUCAAAGCUCGGGCCCUGAACCAGACAGCCGUGGACUGCAGCUGGACCAUCAGUGGACCCCCUCCUCAGGUGUAUGGUGUGUUUUAUGCCACUUCCUUCCUAGACCUGUACCGCAGUCCUCGUCGAGUCAGCACCAAUUCUCUCAGCUUGAUGGUCACAGUGGACAGUGACGAACAGUAUCUCUUCCUGGUGCGUGCCGUCUCUCCCUUCCUGGGUCCUCCCUCUGACUACGCUGUGGUGAAAAUGAUUCCCAACGAGAGGCUGCCACCCAGGAACCUCCACCGCGUGCGAGUAGACAAGACACAGGCCGUGCUGAAGUGGCAGCCCCCCUACGACGCCCCGAACACACCUCUGACAUAUGCGAUCCACGUGCGGGACGUGAUCCGUAAGACGGAGCGGGAUUACAAACUGACCACUCAGAACAACACAGUUGAGUACUUUCUGAAAGGCCUGGAGCCCGGUGGACGAUACAGCGUCUCUGUCCGCCUGCGUAACAUGAGCAAGGAGGCCAGCUUCACUCUCAGCACAGUUCCUCUUCCAGCUCCUGAAGCCCUGAAAAUCUUAACAGAGAAAGAACACGUGUUCCUCUUCUGGAAGAGUCUGGCUGUCAGAGAGAAGGGCUUCAACGAGAGCAGGGGUUAUGAAGUGCACGUGUAUGACAGUCUGACCAACCAGACGUCCUAUCUGGGAAACACCACGGAGACCUAUUUCCGCAUCAGCAACCUGUUGGUGGGACACAACUACACCUUCUCUGUGCAGGCCCGCUGCCUGCUCAACGGUCAGCUGUGCGGGGAACCUGCUCUCCUGCUCUAUAACCAGCUGACAGCAGGUGCCAGCGAUGCCUCCCGCGGUGAGGGCCACUCAAGAGACAUGGCAGCGGUGGUGGUCCCAGUCCUCUUCCUGCUGUUGCUUGGAGCGUGUGGUGGCUUGCUGGUGCUCUACCUCAGACACCGCCGACUGCAGAACAAUUUUACAGCCUUUGCAAACUCUCAUUACAACUCCCGCCUAGGCUCUGCCAUCUUCUCCUCCGGGGAUGAACUGGGUGAUGAUGACGAAGAUGCUCCCAUGAUCAGCGGCUUCUCAGACGAUGUUCCUAUGGUCAUCGCGUAGCAAGGCGUCCCUCCAUCACCCAGUUCUCUCUUCUCUUCUCCCCUUCUCUUCUGCCCCCAACUCUCCUUUACCUCCCCAUCACUCCACUCCCCAUCAGUGGCACGGUAUGACGGAGUGAAGAGUAAACAGGUGGAAGCUCAGCCGCCGUCCCAAACCUGUCGAUGGAAAACCACCUUAAUGAGCAGGAAACAUGAAGAAAAAUGGAAAAGAGAGAAAGAGAUAUUUUUCAAAUAUAUAAUGCACUUUUUUGGAUGCGCAAUAACUUAUUUUUUAUAAUAUUAAAUAUAUAUAUAUAUGGGGUCAAAAAAAGAACUGUGAGGAAAAGGUGGACACUGAAGCAAACUGUGAAGGAUUUGAGUUUGUUGUGUGUGCCAGGGAAAGAGAGACCCUAUUUGUAAGGCAAACUCACUGUCCAUAGGAGAGGUUCAUUGCUUAAAGCCAAAAUAAGCAUCCAGAGACUGGAAUAUAGAAUGCAAACAACACACGUUGAAAAAAAAGUACAAAUAUAUAGACAAAUGCUGUAUGUACAAAUAGAAAAUAUUGAAGCAGUUCUAGUUACAUAUUUUGGUAAUAGUACAGUGUGUACUGUAGCAGUAUAUGUAACAUUGGUGCCUAGUGUGAGGCAGUUGGAAGAUGUGGAUUAUGUUUCAUCAUUUACAGACUCUGAAUUGUGUGUGUAUUGAAUGAUCAGUUUAGAUCAGUUUAGACACUCUUGAUAGUUGUGAGCGCAUUAACUAAGUCUUUGACUCUGCGCAACCAAACAGUGAUUGGAUUUAGCUGUGGCACCAUGUUGUGUUCUCAUAGAUACACGUUUAUUUUCCAUCACCAGCACACUGCUGUCUGUCUGUCUGUCUGUAGAGGCAACACGCAUACCAUGAUAGGAGAAUAUUCCUGGCUUUGAGGUGGGGAAGAAUCCCUCACAGCAUUGUUGAGAUCAUCGGAAUUAUUUGUAAAUAUUGGCUUUUAAUAUUCCUCCUUGUAAUGCUGCACCAUAUCAUUCUGUAAAAUGUGUGUUUUUGUUUUUUUUUUUUUUUGUUUUUUUUAAUUGUUAAGGACUACAAGUUAUCGUCCCCAGCGUUAUGCCAUAGCUGUAGUAGAGGAAGGGAGUUCUCAGGGAACUGUGUCGGAGUGGACACCAGCUCAGCACCACCAGUGUCACCGUGGCUUAGGCAGCACUGUCCAUCUACUGUUGAAUAUGCACAGAGACCUUUGAAAGGGUACUGGGUCAGCUGUGGGUGGAGUGACUGGCAGAUGCAGAAGAGUCAGGUUCAGGCACACCAUCUGAUUUAGUAAAAGAUUCAAACAAAAAUCACAAGAAAAGAUGUUUUAACCAGCUGUUGUAGUGUCCAGUAAUGCAGAUACCUUUGUUUUCUCGUAGUUUUUCGGUAUCCGUCUGUGAGAUUUCAACAGCGAUGUGUUUUGAACAGUUGCUUGCUUACUCUAGAUGGAUUUUCACUGGGCUACUUUGUGAUGUAGUUUUAUUCAGAGUUGUUGUGUUCACCUGGUCUCACUUUUAAUUUGCAUAUCCUUGUAAAAUGUGUGGCACUAAAAGCUGAUUAGCGUACUGCCUUGUCUGUGAGGCUGUUUGUGGGCUGGCAAGCUAUUUAGUGCUAUUUGCUAGCUGGAGAUAUGCUAGCAUGAGCCAGCAACAACAGGCAAAUUCAGUUAGCAAAAAUAUAUGAAUGCAUUUUAAAAAAACAUGCUAUAAAAACAGGUCACUAGCCAGACAGAAAGUUAACCCAGUUUAUUUACCUCUGGCUCUGACUGUCUAGUUUUUACAGUGAUACACAAGUGCUUAUCAUUAGAGUUCCUUUUUUAGUAUAUCAAUAAAAUGUGGGCACAGCUGGGAAAGAAAAAUUCAAACAAUCUCUCUGUUCUGUUAGGAUUUAUUUGCUAUUGGUUAUUGUUGUGAAUUUGCAAGUUAAAGCUCAGUACAGGUUUUAGGGUUGCAAAUAACAAUUAUUUUCAUUUCAUUUAUUCAACUGCUGAUUAUUUUUCUAAUGAUUCUGUCCAAAUUGUUCACCUUGCAGCAAGAUGUCUUAAGUUACUUAUUUUCUUCAAAAAAUAUUCCAAAAAGAUAUUCUGUUUACAACCAUUAAAACCAGAGAAACAGUUAGACCAUGUGGUAUUUUUGCAAAAUCAGUGACCUAAAUGAUUAUUCAUACUAAAAUCUAAAUAUUAAGCAAUUUAUUUGUUGUCAAUUGAGUGAUUCUUUCAGCACUAGCAGAUUUUACUUGGCUUUUGCAAGGAAAUCCAUUGUGAUUCCAUUAACAAAAGACAAAAAAACAAAACAAAACAAAAUAGUUCUUCAUAUAGUUCGUCAGUGGGACAGGGACACUGUUUUUGGAAUGAGUUUUAAAAUGUAAUUUUAUCAUUCUGUGAGUACCACAAAGAAACUUCUAUUUAUCUGCAUGACCAGACAACUAACAGGGGUACGCGACCAAACAUGUAUUUUUGUGAUUUGGAUGGUUCAGUGAGACCGAUCUUUAGUGUCAGCUGAUAGAACAGAGUUAAUAACGUGUGAGCAUACUGUCUCUCUGUAUAUACAGAAUGUAACUGUUUCACAUCCGUAAGUGUAUCAACACAAAAAACAUUUUUGGGAAUCAUCGUCUUUGUUCUGUGCCUGCCCCCCCCUUCACCUGACUCUGCACUGUAGUCCAUUAACUGAUAAUUGUGUUUGCCUCUUGGCUUAAGCCAUUUGACCUGAUGGUGCUCUGCUUUGUGUUGACCUUGUUCUUCUUUUGUUUGUAAAGAUGUCUUCAUGAAUGUAUUUUAUAUCUGUACUUUUUAAGGUACUGUCACAGCUCAUUAUGCUAGUAUCACCACCUGUGAAGUUAAUACAUACUCUGGUUUUGCCCUCACUACAAUGAAUUAGUAACCUGUUUCACUGUGGAUAACAGACUUUUUCGCUAUUACAACCCAAACCCAAUUUACUAACCCAGAGCAACAAAUGUUUUUUUUUUUUCAUAAGGUAGAGCCCAGAUAUUUUCUAAAUCACAUUUCUUUCUUCCCCAGAUCAUUAAAUGGUAACAUUGCAGGUUUCUACAAGACUUGAGUUUAAUUUCACGCAUCUACUUAUCACGUUAAUGAUGUACUUCAUUUUGUUUUAGCCUUAAAAACAGAUUUUCUGGCAUUGAUGUUGUUGUUUUUUCCCUUUGUGGAGUUUCUGUUUUGCCACAUAAUGCCUUACUGGAACACAUUGGGUUUCUAUGUAAUUUACUGUUUGUAUGAUAGAACACAAGUGCACACGCAUGCAUACACACACACACACACACACACACUGUCCAUACACAAGGCUGAGGAGCAGAUUACUGUUAGGGCAUUUAAUUCAUUUUGUCAGAUCACUGCUCUUUUCUGCAUUGGCUGCUGUAAGCCAGCCAAUUACUCUGUUUUUAGUCAGGUUUAACACAUGUACAAAGUGUAAUUAUUGGUUAUUAUGUGACCAUUUGCUCCCCACUCGUCUUAAUGUCGACUUUUGUCAAAUAGAUUGCUUUAAACUGUUGUUGGGCACAGACUUUGAUCAUGUUGGACUUUGCCAUGUUUGAAGAUGUUAAUGUCUUGCUUGCUUAUCUCAGAGUUUGGAAGAACAAUGAGAUGUGUGGAGAAACAGUGUGAGGUGUUUUAAAAACCACUUAUACUGAAAUAAACUUGCUGAAAAUCA